CAAACAGGCUUGAUUGAUUUCCGAGGAGGAGGAGGAAGGAGGCUGAUCGUGGCGAGGACGUAAGACAGAGAGGUGCAGCAGUGGGGAAUUGGAGCCCAAUUCCUGUUCGGAAGACGGAGAGGAAGAAGGAGAAAGUCUGUUUAUCCAGGUCGCCAAAGAAGAGGAGGAGACCUCAGCAGAAUGAGACCUCGCUUCCUGUAAGGAAGAAGGAGAAAGUCUGUUUAUCCAGGUCCCCAAAGAAGAGGAGGAGACCUCAGCAGAACCAGACCUCAUUUCCUGUUGGGAAGAAGGAGAAGAUCCAGUGAUGCAGGAACCCAAAGAAGAGGAGGAGACCUCAGCAGCUUGGACAUCUGGCCCUUCUCGCUCCAUAUUUGGAUACAUCUGGGGGAUCAAGGCUGAGGGAGAACCAUCUGAAGUAUCACUGGAAAAAGCUGAGGAGCAGAUGCAGGACCAGAAACUGAGGAGUCAAGAUGGAGCAAAGAGACAAGAGGAGAGACAGACUCCCACAGGGGACAAACCAUAUCAAUGCUUGGAGUGUGGAAAGAGCUUCAGGUGGAGUAAUGCCCUUACAAUACAUCAAAGAACUCACACAGGGGACAAACCUUAUGAAUGCUUGGAGUGUGGAAAGAGCUUCAGUCAGAGCGGCACCCUUACUUUGCAUCACAAAACUCACACAGGGGACAAACCUCAUAAAUGCUUGGAGUGUGGAAAGAGCUUCAGUCAGAGUAGCCACCUUACUUCGCAUCAAAGAACUCAUACAGGAGACAAACCUUAUAAAUGCUUCGAGUGUGGAAAGAGCUUCAGGUGGAGUAGUGCCCUUACAAUACAUCAAAGAACUCACACAGGGGACAAACCUCAUAAAUGCUUCGAGUGUGGAAAGAGCUUCAGUCAGAGUAGCUCCCUUAGUAAACAUGAAAGAACUCACACAGGGGACAAACCUUAUCAGUGCUUGGAGUGUGGAAAGAGCUUCAGUCGGAGUAGCCACCUUACUGUGCAUCAAAGAUGUCACACAGGGGACAAACCUUAUCAAUGCUUGGAGUGUGGGAAGAGCUUCAGUCAGAGUAGCACCCUUACUUCGCAUCAAAGAACUCACACAGGGGACAAACCUUAUCAAUGCUUGGAGUGUGGAAAGAGCUUCAGUUGGAGUAGCUACCUUUCUCUGCAUCAAAGAUGUCACACAGGGGACAAACCUUAUCAAUGCUUGGAGUGUGGAAAGAGCUUCAGUCAGAGUAGCUCCCUUAGUAAACAUGAAAGAACUCACACAGGGGACAAACCUUAUCAGUGCUUGGAGUGUGGAAAGAGCUUCAGUCAGAGUGGCUACCUUACUUCACAUCAGAGAACUCAUACAGGGGACAAAUCUUAUACAUGCUUCGAGUGUGGAAAGAGCUUCAGGUGGGGUAGCACCCUUAUCUUGCAUCACAAAACUCAUACAGGGGACAAACCUUAUAAAUGUUGCGAGUGUGGAAAGACCUUCAGUGGGAGUAGCAACCUCAGUAAACAUCAAAGAACUCACACAGGAGACAAACCUUAUAAAUGCUUGGAGUGUGGAAAGAGCUUCAGUCAGAGUAGCACCCUUAGUAAACAUCAAAGAACUCACACAGGAGACAAACCUUAUACAUGCUUGGAGUGUGGAAAGAGCUUCAGUCAGAGUGGCCAUGUUAGUUCGCAUCAAAGAUGUCACACAGGGGACAAACUGUAUAAAUGCUUCCAGUGUGGAAAGAGCUUCAGUAAGAGAUGCUCCCUUAUGGUGCAUCAAAGAAUUCACACAGGGGACAAACCUUAUAAAUGCCUUGAGUGUGGAAAGAGCUUCAGUCAGAGUGGCCACCUUACUUCACAUCAAAGAACCCACACGGGGGACAAACCUUAUAAAUGCUUUGAGUGUGGAAAGAGCUUCAGUCAGAGUAGCCACCUUACUUCGCAUCAAAGAACUCACACAGGAGACAAACCUUAUAUAUGCUUGGAGUGUGGAAAGAGCUUCAGUAAGAGUAGCCACCUUACUUCGCAUCACAAAACUCAUACAGGGAACAAACCUUAUAAAUGCUUUGAGUGUGGAAAGAGCUUCAGUCAGAGUGGCCACCUUACUUCGCAUCAAAGAACUCACAUGGGACAAACCUUACACAUGCUUGAAGUGUGGAAAAAGUGAAAAUGCGAUGCCUCUGAAAGAACCACUAAGUUCCCCUUCUGACCCAUUUUAUUCCUCCUAUAUCUUCACUGCAGCCAUGCAAGGUAGGCUAGGCUGAGAAUUGGUGACUGGCCCAAGUUGGGACGUGCGGUAAAUCAAUGAGAAGAGACUUUAAAAUACAAAACUGCACAUGCUCAGCGUAUUUUUUGUAAUCCAUGAAAGUUUCUGUAAUAAUAAAUGUGUUAGUCUUUAAGACACCUGAAGACCUAUUUUCUGGUACCUCAUCGCAGCCUCAGGCAUCCUAUCUAGGCCCAAGUGUGGCCCAGGAAAGAAGGCCCGAGUGGUGCGAGAUGUUGAUUCUGUAGUCACUGGGAGAGAAGAGCCUUUAUAUACCCAGUCAAUGACUGUGCUGUGGAGGUGAGGGCCUCCUGCAGAUACCAUCUUAUCAGGAGGUCCGCUCUGCACAAUAUAGGAAACGGACCUUUAGUGUGGUGGCACCUACCCUGUGGAACUCCCUCCCCUUAAAUAUUAGACAGGUGCCACCUCUGUUAUCUUUUUGGCGCCUAUUGAAGACCUUCCUCUUUCAACAAGCCUUUUAAGUAGAGACCUAUCCCAGUCUGCGUCUGUAUUGGAAUGGCUUUUUAAUAUGUUUUUAACCCUUUUUAAAAAAUAAAAUAGAUGUUUUUAAAGCUUUUAAAAAUGUUUUUAAAGAUGUUUUGUUUUAAUUUUAAAGCAUUCUAAAUUCUGUUUUAUGAUGUUUUACAGUGUUUUUAGUGCUUUUGUUUGCAGCCCUGGGCUCCUGUUGGGAGGAAGGGUGGGAUAUGAAUGAAUGAAUGAAUUCCUGGCUAGCCAGCCACCUCCAGGAGUACAAAAUGUGAUUGUUUAAAAAAUUAAGAAGGGGUGUGAAGGUGAACAGGGCCACGCCCAGAAGGCCCAUGCUGGCUCAGGGGCUACCCUGAGGGGGUCUGUUGGCUGCUCCCCCACCUGUCACUUGGGGUCAUCUGGGGAUGCAGGGCCUGGAGUUUGGUCUGAAGAUGCUGCGCUGCCACUGUUGGCUUAAUUUUGGCACCCUGCAGCAGCACAAUCCUGAUCCUAUAAAGUUACUCAGAAGUAACCCUUCCCUGCGAGUUCAGUGUCUGGUGUGUCUGUAAGGAGAGAUGCCCACAAGUGAUGUGCUGCCACUUUGGGGUUGGGAUCUUCUGGCCCAGGAAGCCUGGCAGGAAAGCAAAGCAACUGGGGCUCCCCCGGCUUCCCCCGCUCCCCUUCCUUCCCACUGCAGCCCCCCUCCACUCAUCCUUCCACCGCCCUCCUGCCCCUGGGGGUCCUCCCCUCUCCUCCCCUGCUCCUGCCUGCCCCAGAACCACCGGUGCAGGUAGCGGAUGUGCUGCUGCAUCCCAUUGGCGGCAGUGGCAAGGAAGAAGUGGCACUCGCCCUUCGACUGGAAGAGGAAAUGCUCUGUGGGGGACAAAGAGAGGAGGGGAGGGUCCUUCCAUCGGGGGACACCUUACCCCACCCACACGCACUCUGCCAUAUCCCCCCACCGCCCGCCACCGCAGCCUCCUGUUGUCCUCCCCAGCAAGGCAGAGGAAGGGGCCUGCGGGGCCAGGCUCUUUGCCCCCCCAAAAAGCUUCUUUUUGAGCAAGUGAGCCCAUCGGGAUCCAGUGAGCGAUCCUGGACUGGGGGGGAGAGAGAAAAGCUUUUUCUUUUAUAAAAAAUAUAUAUAUUACGGUUUUUAUAUUUGCCUACAAUAAGCGCUCGCUAACAGAGCAAUAACUAUGAAGGUAACCAAACUACAAAACACUAGAAAAGAAUGCUGAUUUCUCUGAUACAACUUGUGUUACAAACACAUCAUGUUACAGAAACCUUGAGGGGAGGGGUAUGAAAAGAGCAGGGGUGUAGUCAUCCAGGGACUUGGGGGUCUUAGAUCCCUUACUUUUGGGGGAGUAGGAUCCCAGCAGGGCCCCUAUGUUUCCAGCAUCCUAUGAGCCAAUCGGCAUGAAAGGAGAGUGUGUUAGCCACUGAGAAGAGUCUUCUAAUAUGCUUCCUUAAUUCGACGUUUUACUUAAUUUUAUGUGUUAGGUUAAAAUUUAGAAAUGCCUUAAGCAUUACAGCUUUGCCUUAUUCUUUGUUCAGGUUAACACAGAUGGUGUCAUGAUCAGAACCAAGGUGGCCUUUGAUUGACUUUUAAUACAAAAACAACAGUUUACUUCCUGGUGACCUGACCUUUCACAUUCCAGUGGCUCAGUGAAUAAAAGCCGGUUUAAGCUGGAAACCUUCCCUUCCCUCACAUCCUUGACACUUGUAUCCCACUGAAGUUUAUUACCUCACGUAUAGUUGCAAAUCAUAACAUGUAUAGAAAUGUUAAAACUUCCCCACUGCCCCAACAUCCUUGCCAUGCAGGCCUUUUGAUAUGUAAGCUUAGCAAUAUGAAUCUGUCGCCACUUGAGGGGCGCCUGGUUGCAGCUAGAAGCACCUCCUCUAUAUCUCUCUUUGUUCUCGAGUUGCAUAGUGCUUAUCUCAAGGACGUGUGAAAUAUGUAAACCCAGAGUCUGAAAGAUAUUCUUAUGUUUCUACUUAUGUUCUUCCUCUACACCCCUUUGCCUCCUUUUUACAUAUCUUUAUGUUAUAGUGACAAUUAAGUGUUUCUUUACAAUUUAUGACGCUGCUCCCCAAUGUUGUAACCUCCGGGAAAAACUAUAUAUUCUCUGCUCUAACAAUAAACAGGG